AUGGGAGCCCCAGCUGUCCUCCUCGCCGUGGCCCUCGCCACCCUCCUGGCUCCAGCGUCAGGGGCGCCCAUCCGCCAGCAGGCCUCCCGGAACAAGCUGCUCCUGGUGUCCUUCGACGGUUUCCGCUGGAACUAUGACCAGGACGUGGACACCCCCAACCUGGAUGCCAUGGCACUGGACGGGGUGAAAGCUCGCUACAUGACCCCGGCCUUCAUCACCUUGACCAGCCCCUGCCACUUCACUCUGGUCACUGGCAAAUACGUCGAGAAUCACGGGGUGGUUCACAACAUGUUCUACAACACGAGCAGCAAGCUGAAGUGGCCCUACCACACCACACUGGGCAUCCAGAAAUGGUGGGACAACGGCAGCUUGCCCAUCUGGAUCACUGCCCAGAGGCAGGGCCUGAAGACCGGCUCCUUCUUCUACCCCGGCGGGAACGUCACCUACCAAGGUGAAGCCGUGACGCUGAGCCGGAAGGAAGGCAUCCUACACAACUAUAAGGAUGAGGUGGAGUGGAGGGCCAACAUCGACACAGUGAUGAAGUGGUUCACGGACGAGGGCCUGGACCUGGUCACCCUCUACUUCGGAGAGCCGGACUCCACGGGCCACAGGUAUGGCCCCGAGUCCCAGGAGAGGAAGGAGAUAGUGAUGCAGGUGGACAGGACCGUAGGCUACCUCCGGGACAGCAUCAGGAAGAGCGGCCUGGAGAGCAACCUCAACCUGCUCAUCGUGUCCGACCACGGCAUGACCACCGUCAACAAGAUGGCCAGCGACCUGGUGGAGCUCCACAAGGUCUCCAACUUCAGCUUCAAGGACAUUGAGUUUGAGCUCCUAGACUAUGGACCAAACGGGAUGCUGCUCCCCAAGGAAGGAAUGCUGGAGAAGGUGUACGAGGCCCUCAAGGACGCCCACCCCAGACUCCACGUCUACAAGAAGGAGUUCUUCCCCAAACCCCUCCACUACGCCAAUCACUCCCGGGUCACCCCUCUGCUUAUGUACAGUGACCCGGGUUACGUCAUCCACGGGAGAGUGAACGUGCAGUUCAACAAUGGGGAGCAUGGCUUCGACAAUAAGGUCAUGGACAUGAAGACCAUCUUCCGGGCGGUGGGCCCCAGCUUCAAGAAGGGCCUGGAAGUGGAGCCCUUCGAGAGCGUCCACGUGUAUGAGCUCAUGUGCAAACUGCUGGGCAUCGUGCCAGAGGCCAACGAUGGGCUCCUCAGCACCCUGCUGCCUAUUCUCCAGGAGACCAACGACGGUGUCCUGAGCACCCAGACACCCACACUCAGCCCCUCGCUGACCACGACCCCCUCAGGGUCUGCCCUCCUGCCAAGCGGCUGGCCUCCCUUGGUGUUGGGACUGCUGGUGGCUGCAACUCUCCUGGUCAAGGUCGCAUAACACCCACUGCUCAAGGAUCAGAGGCCCAGGAGUGGGCGAUGAGGAGGCUCUGCCCUGGAGCUCCCAGCCCUGAAUCCGCACACCUCCAGCUGAGCGGCCAUCUCCAUCUCCAGGACCAGGUCCUGCCCGCAGGCACCAGGAGUGCACCGCCAGGCAGAA